AUGAACGCGCCUGAUCGUUUCGAGCUCUUCCUGCUCGGUGAAGGCGAGAAGAAGAUCGAGGAGAAUGUCUUCUCUGGCAUGUCCAACACGUCCGACUUCGUCAUCAAGAAGGAGGACCACACUCUCGGCAACCUCCUGUCCGAGCACCUGAAGAUGCACAAGAACGUCCUGAUGGCGGGCUACAAGAUCGCGCAUCCAAACGUCCCCGAGAUGUUCAUUCGAGUCCAGACAGACGGCACCAUCACCGCCAAGGACGCCUUGGUACAGGUCAUCAAGAAGCUCAUGCAGGACCUAUCCCACCUCAGUCGCGAGUUUACUCGUGAGUUCGAGCUUCGUCGCAUGGUCGAGGCCGGCCGUUCGAAUCAGCAGGGCCAGUAA